AUGGAAGAGAUAGCUUCGAAGUUGAAGCUAUCGGAGACGAAGCAGCGGAGCGUUGGCAAAGCCCACGAGAUCCUGCGCGCCCAGGCGGAUUCCAUACUCGCAUUCACCCUCAACUGGAAGGACCUCGACGACCACUUCGACUCCGUCAGGAACUCACUCUAUGCCGCAUUCGUAGGGCUCCUGGAGCGGGAGAAGGAGAUUGGGUCCCGUUUCGCGGACUUGGAAGUGAAAGAGAAGGAAUUUGACUCGGCGAUGGCGGUGAAAGGUAGGGAAUUGCAGGGCAUUGUGCGGGAGGUUGAAGAAGGUAAGUCGCAGUUGCAAUCUAUUAAGUUAUCUUUCGAAAAGUAUUCGGUUGAAGAAGGUAGAUUAGGAAAAGUACAGAAAUUGGUUAAGGGGAAGGAGAUGGAGUAUUAUAAUAUGCAGCAACGGAUGAAAGAAUUGUCGAAAGAGAUCGAGGCGAAGGAGAGGCAGUUGAAUGCGGUUAGGGGUAAGGUUGUGGAGCAAUGGAAAGAGUUUGAUUUGAAAGACGACGAAAUUAGAGCUCAGCAAACAUUGAUUGAGGAAUACGACAGAGAGGUGAAGUCGAAAGAGCAGAAACUCAGUUUGAUUGAGAAGGAUUUGUGUGAGCUUGAGAAGUCAGUGGGGGAGUGGGACUGUAAAGUUGAAUUGAAACAGUUGGAACUUAAAAGAAGUGUUCAGAAGGCCGAAAAACAAUUUGAAUCAAAAUCUGAGGAGCUUAAUUUGAUUGGGAGGAGGGUCAAUGAUUGCCUCAAUGAUGUCCAGUUGAAAGAAAAGAAGUUGGAUUCCCGUGAAAAGCAUUUGGAUUCGCUCGACAAGUCGAUACAGGAAUGUGGGAGGCGGCUUGAACAAAAAGCCAAAGAGCUUGAAUUAAAGCAACAAGAAUUUGAGUCAAAAGCUAAGGAACUUGAUUUGAUUGAUAUGAGGACCAAUGAUUGCCUCAAGGAUGUUCAGUUGAAAGAAAAGAAUUUGGAUUCCCGGGAAAAGCAUUUGGAUUCACUCGACAACUCGAUACAGGAAUGUGGGAGGCGGCUUGAACAAAAGGCCAAAGAGCUUGAACUGAAGCAACAAGAAUUUGAAAAGUCUAAAGAAGAACAUAUCCGAACAAAUAACUCAAAGGAGAAGACUGAUAUACUUCAUACUCAAGUGAAGACUGAACAAUCAGGACGUUUCCCUGAUAACAUUUCCGUCCCUCCUCUUUGUGCAACCAAUCAUGUCAAGAAUCAUUGGGAUGGUAGGAGCUUGCAGUUUUUCAUGAAUGAGUAUUUUAGAAGAACAGAUUCAGUCUCUGUUGAAGUUUCAGCCUGUCUUCAAUUGUCAUCAGACCCAGCAAAAUUAGUUCUUGAUGCAAUGCAAGGGUUUUACCCUUCAAGUUCGACUGUGGAAAACAGGGAAUUUGAUUUUGAUUUGAGUGUAAUUAGAAGGAGCUGUAUUCAUUUGUUAAAGGAGGUAAAGAGAGUCUCGCCAAAAAUUAGUGAUCAGGUGAGAGCAGAAGCGAAGAAGUUGGCGGGUGAAUGGAGAGCUAGGAUGACUGUGGCACCCGAGAAUUGGUUGGAGGUUUUGGGUUUUUUGUGGCUUGUUACUGCAUAUGACUUGACCUCUAUUUCUGAUAGGGAGGAGCUUCAAUCUCUUCUCAGUAUAGCUGCUAAUCACGAAAAACAGUCGGAUGAAUUGUAUGGGAUCCUUGACAUGGAAGAUAAGACACCUGCAUGCAGCAACCUUUGUUCCUCUAUCAAUACUGAGAAACCAGAAUCUUCACUGGGAAAGAAUGCCGCAACUUCUUCUUCUCCAAAUCUUCAACUAACUGCCACCUCAGAUGCUAGGAAUUUGCAGGGGUUUCCAAUUUGUUCUUCUCCAAAUAUUCAACUAGCCACGACAGAUGCUAGGAAUUUACAGCAGUUAUCAAAUGAGCAGCUUAGUGGGAAUCACUCAAUACAGAAUGAAUUUUUACAGAUUGCUAAGUUGUUUUCUCCGUUAGAUGGAGAUGUGUUAGUAAAAUCUCUCGGGUUGAUUUCUCAGAAUAAACAGGCCCUAGAAUAUAUUCGGAGUUCUGGUUUUGGAGAUAAGAUCCCUGAUGCUAUACCGACUCUUAUUGAAAGGAGGCAACGGAUUGAGGCCGUUAGAGCAAUUUGCACCUUCAACUUAAUUGACAAGUUUCCCCCAGUACCCCUCUUAAAAGAACACGUGGAUACUGGGAUGAACUCUUUCCAGUCACUUUCCUCGAAAACGAAGCUAGUUGGUGAAAAGAUUAAGAUUGCAGGCGACUCUAUGGCUGAUCUAAGAGCUGUGAUUCAAUGCAUUAAAGAUUACAACCUAGAGUCGGCAUACCCGCCCUCAGUCAUUGAAACAAAACUAGCUAAGCUGCAGAACUUGAAGGAUAAGUUGAAACACACGGAGAACUGGGGAAGUUUGGCGCCAUGUCACAAGGUUGAACAAAAGCAGAAAGGAGGGAGGAAACGCUCUGCCAAGUUUCAAGCACAACAGCUUAAAUUUAAACGUCAGCGGGCAGCAGUAUCAGCUCCUGCACCACAUCCAAUACCAAAUCCCACCCCUGGAUAUGCACCGCCAAAUCUGUCAUAUGUGAUGUCUGAAAAUGGUGGACACCCAUGGCAAUUCGGUAUGGCUGGCAGCAACGUAGACAUUUCGAAAGGCAUUUGUUACCAUUGCAACGGGUUAGGGCAUUGGAAACGCAAUUGUCCCAAGUAUUUAUGCGAAAAGAAGAACGGAGAUGUGAUCAAAUCACAGAUGCAUUAAGUCCCUUGUGAAUAAAGGUUAGUUAUUUUGGUUAAGGGCUCGCUUGAAAGUACUUUUAAAAUGACUAUAAGUAUUUUUGGUGAAAAUGUUUUUGAAACCAAUUCCUGGUAAAGAUCCAAGUAAAGCACUUUAAGUACUUAUUGCAAGAAGUACUUAUUUGGUGCUUCUUCCAAAAAGCUCUUAAACUACUUUUGGAACCUAAAAUCAAUUCCACCAAAACGCUUUUAGUCACUUUAAAACACUUCCAAACGAGCCUUCAUAUUGGAGCAACCAAUCAGUAACAUUUUGUAAUUUUUUAGAUGCUAAGUGAUUGGGAGAUCUGCUCCACAAUUUGUACAUGUAGUGUGUAUCCUUUUAGUAGAAUGCUUGAUAAAUAUUUGGCAUUUCUGUUGAGUUUUCAAAUGAAACUUCUAUUUGCAG